ACCCUAAUCCAAACACACCCCACAUGGCCUUUUUGUAAUUUACCUCUUCAAGGCUUUUCAUUUUUUUUUCCCCUUUCUUUCCCAUCCUCAACCUCUACGUCUACGGUACCUAGCCAGUUUUAUUAAAUCAUAAACAAGAUCUAUUUCCCUAUGUAUGUAUUCUUUUUCUCUUCUUUUGAUAGAAAAAAACACUUUUUCCUCCAACUGAAAGACAGGCUAGGAAAAGAUCUCUGUGCUUCCAUUGCAAAUCACUAGAUCAAGGGAUUCCUUCAAAAGAUAUGGUUCUCUUUACAAAAGGUUCUUCUCAUCAGAAUUAGAAAAAAAUUCAUAGCUUCUUUAUCAAACUCUAAGGUCCUCUCAUCACUUUUUUUUUAGUUUUUUAGCUUUUGUUCCCUACCUACUUUUGCUUAAUUUACAAGCUAUAUAUGGAUUCUGGCAAUAGUGGAAGUAUUUCUUCAAGUGGUGAUGAAGAAUAUGAUUCAAGAAAUCAUAAUCAAACACUUCUCCCUUCAAAUUUGUUCAAUCAACAACCUACCCUCCUCCAAUUUAACUCCAUAUCACACAACCCACUACAAUCAUUUAAUCCUGGCUCUUCCCCCAUUUCUUUGUUUGAUCUUUCACCAAACUACCUUCAAAAUCUCUCUCAAUCACAACCACCAAACAUAACCUUUCCAACAUCACAAGGAGUUUCUUCAUCAUCACAACAUACCAACAAUCAAUGUUUGUUAACAACUCCUCAUCAAACUCUUGGAGUACUUCAUCAUGAUGAUGAUGAUAACAUUAACAACAAUGCAAGAACGACUCUUUCAUCACCACAACCACCGUCAUCAUCAAGAAAUACAAAGAAGAGAACAAGAGCUUCAAGAAGAGCACCUACAACAGUUCUAACAACCGACACUUCAAAUUUCAGAGCUAUGGUUCAAGAAUUUACCGGUAUCCCUGCACCGCCUUUUUCAGGUUCUUCUUACUCUCGUCGUCUUGAUCUUCUCACAUCUUCAUCUUCUUUAAGAUCAAGUAAUUCAUCUCACUUUGAUAAUACAACAAGUCCAUUAUUUUACCCUCUUCGUCCUUCACCUCAAAAACUUCAUCAUCAUCAUAAUCAUCCAAAUCCAUUGCUUUUAUCUUCUUCAUCAUCAUCAUCACAUAAUAACAUGGUUGAUGCUAAUAAUAGUAAUUAUCAACAACUACCAAUAUCUGAUUUGGGUUUACCUUAUUAUAGUCAUCAAAAUCAUCAUCAACAACAUAACUUCAUGCUUAGUAUGCAAAAUCAACAACCUAUUCAUGCAUUCAACCCUUCAUCUUCUUCACAACAAUUUCAUCCUUUUAGCAUAGGAGGUUUUGGUGCAAAGUCACAAUCACAGCAUGGAAGUUUAUCAGUAAAUUCUCUUGAAGAUCUUGGUGUGAAUCAAGGACAUCUUGGUCAUGAUGAUGAGGAUGGUGGAAGUAGAAGAGAUGCGUUAAGGUGUUUGGAUCAUGAGAAUAGUUAUGGUGGUAAAAUCAUUGUUGAUUCUUCUUCUUCAGGUGGUGGUGGGGGUGUAGGUAGUAAUUGUAAGGUUAACUUUUCAGGUACUGUAUCAACCACGUUAAACCAUGACAAGACAAUGGAGAAUAAUAAUAAUAAUAAUAAUAAUAAUAAUAAUAAUAAUAAUAAUAAUAAUAAUAAUAAUAAUAAUGAUGAUAAUGAUAAUAAUAGAGGAGAAGGUGCUGCUGGUGGUGGUGGUGUUGAUUCUUGGAUUUGUUCUUCUGAUAGGAAUAUUUUGUAAGAUCGAUGAUGAGACUAAACCGAUACAGAAAACUUUGUUAUCAUUACUUGGUGGAAUAUCAUACUUCAAUGAAUGUUAAGAUCAUCAUCAUCAUUAUGUUCAUCAUAGUGCUGUUUGUUGUUGGUUACAAUUUCAAGCUAACAAAAUUACUUUUCUCUUUCUUUAUUUUUAUUAUUUUAAAUAUAUAUAACUAGUCAAUCA